AGGUGGUGAGCAAGGUAAAGGGUUUUAAAUGUACCAAAUAGACCAGGGUGAAGCCUUUAUAUGUACCAAAUGGACCAAGGUGAGGGUUUGAAAUGUACCAAACGGACCAGGGUGAGUCAGCUUGUGUGGUACAAAACCAGUUUGGCCCAGCAAAAUAAUGGUGGCCAAACAGAGAAUCCGGAUGGCAAACGAGAAACACAGUAAAAACAUCACACAACGAGGGAAUGUUCCCAAAAGUUCGAAAACAACACCAGAUGAAAAAUCAUCAGUUGGUCCCUGGCUAUUGGCACUUUUCAUUUUUGUUGUUUGUGGAUCAGCUAUCUUCCAGAUUAUUCAGAGUAUCCGGAUGGGCAUGUGAAAUGGAUAAAAUUCAAAUCUCUACCUUUUUAAGUGUCUUGCUGUUAAUUCCAGCUGUGAGUCUGACCAUUCCAACACUUCCUUUGUCUUACAAACGAUGGAUUUUACAGAAUUGAUCUUUCUGUCAUUGCUUUUGAAGAAACUUUUAAUUCCAUGGUGUUGCUAAAAGUCUAGUUCAUUCCUUCGUGUGACCCAAGAAGGCAAGGAUAUAGUAAAAGCCAUCCAACAGUUUAAUUUUGUAUUUUAAUCAGGGAAAUAGUUUGUAAGAUCAUAUUUAAUGUGAAUACUUUAUCAUUAUAUAUAGUUGGUAUGUAGGUAAGAACUUUUUUGGUGUACUCAAAUUUUUCCCCAUUCUUUCAUGAUCCUUAAAUUGUAGAGAACGUGGUUCUGCUCCCUGUCCAAUUUGAGAUCCAAAAUGUGCAUCUUUCUAAAUCAAAUUUAUAAUUCUGGAAAAGUGCCUUCUUUUGUAUAUUAAAGUGUACAACCAUUUUAGGGCUUUGGUCUGAAUGCUUCUCUGAUCUUAGAACGUGAAUUGAUUUUCGUGUUUGUUUUUCUGUUGAAAUAAGGGUGAUCUACUGUCAUGUCUUAAAAUAUUUGUCUGAUUGAUCCAAGAACUAGCUGAAUUUGGGAGGGAGAAGAGAAUGGUUUGAGGGGGGGUGGUGGUUUCUGUUUUAAGUGACCCAAGGCAGCCAUCUGUAUGUUUAAGAGCCUAAAACUGUCCCAUUCUCUUGGGUGAGAGCAGCCAGUUCCAAGUUAUGUCCACAGGCAGUUUCUUCUCUUGGUAAAUGAAACAAGCUAAAUGUAAGAAGCUUCUCCAUUGCCUACACUGUAUGGUCUGAUAAUGUUGUAAAUCGCGGCAUGCUGAUAACUCCACAUUUUGUGAUUGCUUGAUUGCUGCUUUGUCUCAUCAGGUCCAAUCGACUGUGUUUGACUGUAAGCAGCUGCAGCAUUUGUCGCCGAAAUAAAUAUAUUUUUGCUUGAAA